CAAGCAGCUGACAGCACACAGGGAGAGGAUGAAGAUGGGGACUGGGGACUAGGGACCCUCCGCGACAGCUUUGAGGCCGUCGGCGGAUACUUUGACUCCAUGCUGGAGUUCAUGGGCGGACGUGACGGAGUGUGCCAAUACCGCUGCAGAUAUGGUAAAGCUCCUGUUCCUCGUUCGGGCUACCAGAUGCCAGAACCAAAUGGAUGUAGCUCCUACUUCUUCGGUCUUCCUAUUCCAGAAGGGAUGGACAUGGGCAUCCCUGCCAUGACUAAGUGCUGCAAUCAGCUGGAUAUGUGUUACGACACCUGCGGCUCCAACAAGUAUCGCUGCGACUCCAAGUUCCGCUGGUGCCUCCACAGCAUCUGCUCGGACCUCAAGAAGAGCCUCGGCUUCGUGUCCAAAGUGGAAACAUGUGAGACUGUAGCAGACACCUUCUUCAACACAGUGUGGACUUUAGGCUGCAGACCGUACAUGAACAGCCAGAGGGCAGCAUGCUACUGCCCGGGAGAGGAGAAGGACGAACUUUAGAUGAACAACUGGAUCUUCUGUGUUUAUAAAACAGUGUCAGCAGCGACCGCAUUCCCAGGUGAUUUUGCUCUGAGUUGUGGUGUUGCAAAGGUGGAGUAAUUUAUUAGGAAGUUCUUGCUUUUAUCUUUUUUGAAUUCCUCAUGAAAACUGUAUUUGUGUACAUGUAGAGUUGGUUUAAAACAGUCUUUAACGAUACAUGACGGAGUUUCAGAGACAGUAACUGGUUCACAGCACACAGCUGCCAUUGAGUGUGUGCUGCCUUCUUUUAUUUGAUGGCGCAUUACUGACAAAGUCAGCCCUUAGUUAAAACCAUAAAAAUACAGGAGAAAUUUUGUCUGUAUGUAUGUGAAGUUUCUUCCUGUUAAAAGGGAGUUUUCCCUUCCCACUGUCACCAAGUGCUUGCUCACAGGCUUUAAUGCGAUUGUUGGAGUUUCUUUCUAACAUUGUCGGGUCUUUACCUACAAUAUAAAGCGCCUUGAGGCGACUGUUGUGGAGAAUUGGUACUGUAGAAAUAGAACUGACGUGAACUGAAUUUCUUUUGCAUUAAAAACAGUUUCAAAGAUAAACAAACACUAAACCUUU